UUUCAGUCACGGCCUCGGUUUAAGGGCUCAGGGAGCCACGCGAGCCCGCGGUGCUGGGACGUGACUCCCGAUGGGGGGAAAUCCGGCAGAUUUGGGUGCACAGGUGGGCUUGGAUACACGUUCAGCCCUCGUGUUGCCAUGGGCCGUGUUCUGCGAUGAGGCCGCGCUGGUCACACCGAACUCAACCGAGCGGGACCCCGCACCGGGAGCCCCCGGGCUUUGGGGGUCAGGCGGGGUAUCCCCGCCUGCCCGCGCACCCAAAGAGGGGCGUUUUGGGGGGACCAAGGGCAAAUCCCGCAUUGUGGAGGGCGGAAAGCCGCGGGGACAGGGGGCUGGGCUGGCCCGGGGCAGGGACACAGCAUCCCCAUGCCAAGGGGCUGGGAUGGAGGGGACCCGCUCUGCUUUUGGGGCGAUGGCGUGAGCCAGUGGACCACUGCGCAUAUCCCCCUUUUCCGUCCCCCCUGGCUGGCUCCUCCCCUUGCCACCUCCUUCCCCCGACAUCUGGGCACAUUCCAACCCCCUUUUUUAUGUCCACAAACCCCUAUUUUUGUCCCAAGCCCCUACCUCUGCCCCCAAACCCCUACUGUCUCCGCCACGCCCCCGUUUCUGCCCCGUGCCCCGGCGGGGCUCUGGCCGUACCUGCGGCCCGGGAUCCCUCGGGGGGCAGCGCCGACCCUUCCUCCCCGGCCCGGGGGAGCGGCCCGAGGGUCCCGGUGCCGGGGGGAAGGAGGAGGAGGAGGAGGAGGAAGGAGCGGCGGACAUUUCGUGGCGGCUCCGCCCGGCGGGGCGGGACGGAGCGGGGCGGCCAUGGCGGAGCGGGGCCGAGGACAGAGUCCGAGCGCCAUGGAGGACCUGCUGGAUGUGGAGAACAAGCGGAUGGCCGACAGCCUGGCCAGCAAGGUCACCAGGCUGAAAUCCCUGGCUCUGGAUAUCGACAAGGACGCUGAGGAACAGAACCGCUACCUGGAUGGCAUGGACUCGGAUUUCCUCAGUGUGACGGGGCUGCUGACGGGCAGCGUGAAGCGCUUCUCCACCAUGGCGCGCUCCGGGCGGGACAACCGCCGGCUGCUCUGCGCCGUGUCCGUGGCCCUCAUCCUCAUCUUCUUCAUCCUCUACUACCUGGUGUCCAGGGCGGGCACCUGAGCCGGGCUGGGCAGGUGUCACAGGGCCCCGAGCCGGGCAGGCACCACAGGCCGGACCCGCGGCACCCACAGGCCUGUCCACACCUUCCCGGGAGGAGCCUCCAACCAGACCUCCUCCUUCCAAGUGACUCUUCCUCCCACCAGCUCCUCGUGUCGCUCUGGCUGGGCCCAGACGGCUCUUCCAAAGCAAGGACAUUUGUCUCCAAAGGGAUCCCCGUGUCUAACAGGGAUUUGGGGCUGGGACCUCCUGCCUCGUUCGUGUGCCGCGGGCUGUUCUCAAGGGCCACUUCCCCGUCACCUCCCUCACAGAGCCUGGGAACGGGUGAGGUGGGGCUCACAAAUCCAGGGGCUUGUUCAUACUCUGAGGUUUUGUCAGCCAGCUGAACUUUGGGAGCUGUAGGGUUUAGGAUGCUGAUUUACGGGGUUGGGGAGGGCCAGUGUGUGACUUAACAUUCCGCGUGGCCGCUCUCAGGUUCCCCGGGACUUGCAGAACUUAUCCUUGGUGUCCCUGGGCUGAAAGGAAACCUGUGCUGCUUUGGGAUGGAAUUAGUGAUGGAUCUGGGCCUGGAUACUCUCAGGUCGCUGCAGGGAAGAGCUGCAGAGGAGCAGAACUUGGAUUAAAUCCUGGCUUGGCCCUCUUUAUCUUCCUUGGUCCAGUUAAUUUUGGUUGUUGUGGCGCCCUGGUUUUGGAGCACUCCGGGGAGAUGCUGUGCCAAUGAAGCAGAGGUUGAGGUGAGGUGGAAUUCCCCCACAGUGGGAGUCCAGGAGGGAUUUGCUGAUUUGUUUUAUGAAUUUAGAAGGUACCAGAGGAACCCCUGCCUUGCCUUAGGGGGUGUCUCUGCUUAUUUGCCUCUCUCUCCCUGUAACAACCAGGGCCCAGCCAUUCCUCUUCCUCUGAUUUAGUCUCUCCUUUGCCUCAUCAUGGGUGGCUGGGUGUUCCCUUUGCCUUCUCUCUCUUCCCAUCAGGAAUUCCUUUGUCCUGGAGCUAAGGUGCCUGCAAAAGGAAUGCUGUCCCUUGUACCAAACUGCUCACAAAACAUACCUUGGCUGGAUUAGAUGUGUUCUUUUCCACAUUUGGCAAAAAUCCUGCAGGGAAAGCAAGGAGAAAGGAGGUGGCAGGGACUUCCUCUGGUUCUUCCUGCUUCCCUGGUGUGUGGCAGCUCCAGGCUCCUUCCCUUUGGGAAGAAUCGAUGGCCUCUAAUUCCUGGAGCAGGCGACUCCUGACAAAAGGCUGCUGGAGCAGCCGGGGGGGGGGGGUUCCUGCUGUAAAUAAAGCUGAUUUUAGACCUUCUA